ACUCUUCCUAGAAACAAAGGCGAGACAUAUCAAAGAAGAUUACAGUAUAGAACUUAGAAAAACGCGACUACAGAACACAGAUUGAGCUGUUAAAGAGUAAAGAAAGAGAGAGAGUUUUUGCAAAUGGGAAGGAAUCCUUGUUGUGUAAAGGAAGGUUUGAAUAGAGGCACUUGGACUGCUCGUGAAGAUAAAAUCCUCAAGGACUAUAUUGCAGAACACGGUGAAGGCCGAUGGAGAAACCUCCCUAAAAGAGCUGGUCUAAAGAGAUGUGGGAAGAGUUGCAGACUUCGUUGGUUGAAUUAUCUGAGACCAGACAUUAAGAGAGGAAAUAUCUCGCCAGAUGAAGAAGAGCUCAUCAUCAGACUUCACAAACUCUUGGGGAACAGAUGGAGUCUGAUCGCUGGCCGGCUUCCAGGGCGAACAGACAAUGAAAUAAAAAACUACUGGAACACAAACCUAGCCAAAAAGGUUCAUCAACAACCCAAUCAAAGAAACAGAAACAAGGCUGAGAAUUUUAAUUCUCACUCAUUACCGCUAAAGAUGGAGCCACAUAAUCAUGUGAUCCGAACCAAGGCAAUUAAAUGCACUAAGGUAUCAUUACAUCAAGAGAGUUGGAAAAAGAGCGAAAAUUUUGGCACUAACGUUCACCCAAAGGCAGGAGCAUCAAUGCUGCAGAAUACAGAAAAUAAAUCAAUAGUAAUGGAAUCUAAUAAUUGGUCAUCUUCAUAUGGUAACGAAGUAAACAAUCCAACAGAUUUAUUGAUGGACUUCAAGGUGGGCGAAUUUAGUUUAUCAGAUCUUCUAAAUUCCGAUUUCUCCGACUUAUGUGGAACCUCUUCAGCUACUUACAGCAACGAUGACAGUAACGUAUUAUUUCCUAGUUCUUCAGAAAAACCUCUGUUCUUGUCUGACGAAAUGCUACAAGACUUCUGGAGUGUCCAGGCGAACGUGGCCUCAAAUCUAAAUGAUUCAUUCAAUCCAUUUUUCGAGACUGGAGGAGACUGGCUACAGGAUACUAAUUAAGUGAUCGAUAAUGUUAAUUAAUUAGUUAGUUUCACAGUUAUAUGAUAAUUAACUAUAUCUUUAGUUUUAAUACUAUAAAUCAUGUAAGCUAGGUCUUAUGUUUA